UUCCGAAAGUGUUCUGAUAUUACACCCUGUCACUGUGCCAAGAACACUGAUCAACCCAAAACAGAAAACACACUUUCUGCUUGUUGUAUAAAGAAAAAAAUAUAAUAACAAAUACUUAAGAUUAUAAAACCAGGAAUUAUUAAUAAUUGCAAAAUCACAUAUCUUUUUCUCAUACUUUACCAAACUUGUAACAGUCUUUACUGGAAACAUCCUGCAGGCUGCUGUCUCAAAUGAAGACACAGAGAAUACAGACGGCUAAACAAUACAUAUGUGCGUCAUAUGAUAGGUAUAAAAUAAUUACUGGUUGUGUGAAUGAUUAGACCAUUUUUGCCCAUGUCUUUUCUUCUGUCAGCCUUGUAGUUUCAGAUGUCAGUAGAAAAGACAAAUACAAAUUUACAUCAAAACCUUUUCAUUGCUACACAUAGAUCAUGUUUGAUCAGAUUUUUUAUUGCACUGAAAGAUUUAGACUAAACAUCUGGUAAUUUUCAGAGUGUAGCAUUGUACCUUGGUCAUCACCCAUAAUGCUCGAAACUCAUUAUGAGGCAAUACGCAUGCACAGUAGCAUCUUCCCUGAAAUGCUACUUGCAUAUGUAUGAUUUAGAGGAAGGGCAAGAGAAACUUUCAUGUGGAGGUUUUCUGUCUUUUGUCUUGAUUUAAUCAUAAGUUAGUGGACAGUCUCAAAUCUGGGAGCAGUUCUGGGUUUUAUUUAUACUUUUUUUUUUAACAAAGAUAAAAAAAACCUUUUCAAAUAGUGUUUUAUCUGAAUCUUUUUCUGCAUAAUUAAAAGGUUACAUAACCUCACUGACAGUUGACUAGCCAGGGCUAAAAGACUACAAAUCGAAACUCAGAGAAACAGAAGAGAGCAGUCAUGGAGAUGCAAGAGAUCAGCAUAGAGACGGAAAAAGAUAAAGGACAGGAAGAAGCAACUGAACCCAAGCUGGAGGUCAAAACUGAAGCUUUAGAGGAAGUAAAAUCAAGUGAGUAUGAGAAACUACAAAGUGCAUCUGAGGACAUCUAUUCUGAAGCCUAUUUUGGCGAUGCACCAUUGAAGACAAAAGCAGGCAAACAGUCCGAGGGAAAUGUACGUCUGUACCGUACUGGGUGUUUCUUACUCAUAACAAUCUGCCUGGUCCUGCUGUUGGUCGUCAUGAUCCUCGGUGUGAAACUCCAAACUGGAUCCACUGUGUGCGCAGAAACAGAGAGAGGGUGCAGCUAUGAGCAAUGCAAGGAUCGCUUCCCCAGCAUUCAACUCAGACCUGAGGAUCUCGGCUGCCAGCGGUGCUCAGAUGGUUGGCUGACUUAUGGCCGAUCAUGUUUUUACUUGUCCACCUACAGGCUGACUUGGGAUGAGAGCGUGAACAACUGCACAUCUAGAGGAGGAUCUUUGGCUGUCAUCACCAGCCAGGAAGUUCAGGUGUUUCUGACUGAGAAGGAGACACAGUAUUACUGGAUUGGGCUGAGAAAAAGAGAAAGCACAUGGGCCUGGGUCAAUGGCACUGUACUGCAAAAGAGUUACUGGCAAGAAAAGCCACAAUCACAGGACUGUGGGAUCCUGAGCGGUAAAAAUCCACCUGAGAAGAACUGGAUCACAGCAUCCUGCCAAUCCAACACCUACUUCAUCUGUCAGGUUAUGUUCUGACAGUAUCUGCAAAACAAUUCUCUGUCAACAAUGAUCAACAAUUUAAUAACAUUUCCCAUAAUCUCUCUUUCCACUUCACACCAAAAUCAAUAGCAUCCUGCAAAGAAAGACAAUGAAGCUUCACAGAUAACAGAUGUUUUGUAUUUAGAGCUGUUUAGUCAGUUUAUAUUUCCCUGCAGCAUUCUGUAGCAUAUUUUGUAUUCUAAUAUCAUUGAUUAUGCUUGUAAGAACUUGUAAACAUUAAUGAAGUUAUACACUGUAUGAUUCCAUGUACUACGGUGUGACUUUUUCACAUUUGGCCAGUGAGUUUGUUUCAGCAAAGUUUUAUUCUCUUAUAAAAUGUUUGUGCAACCACAUAAUAAGUUGAAUGUGUGUAUUUGACUUUAUUUUUAGCUUAGUAUCUUAUUGCUACAUAUUUUCAAUAAUAUUUCAUUUAACCUUUAUUUAAUUAGGUAAAAUCCCUUUGAAGCUAAAAUAUGAAAGCUUUCUUUCUUACCUCUGUCCAUUUGUUAGGGACAGACAGACAGACAGCAGAGAAGUGUCCUGUGAUCUGAGGUUAUAACUGGAAGAAGAAAUAAGUUAGCAAAUGUAUGAGAGAUGUCUGAUUUGAACAGCUUUAUAAAUAAAAAUAUAUCAACUCCUGGUUGGCUCACCAUCUGGUUUUAAGUUCAAAACAAAUCUUAAUGUAAUGUGCUGCAGAUGUUGGACUCUUAUAUUGCUAUAAAAAUAACACACUCUCCUCUAUAGCAUUAAUGCAGUGUUAUGCCGGGUUCAGACUACAUGAUUUAAGCCUGACACGAUGGACGUAUAGCGUCAGAACUUACAAACGGUGUUGGACACGACAAUCGAUCAUUUUAUUUUGUGUUGAAGAGAGCAGAGAAUUAGACAGCUGCAGACAGCAUUAUGAGCCUAACGUAUGAUUUUAUAAAUGAUUUUUCCCAAUGGGACGUACUGUUGUAUGUGUAUAUUCCUGCAGUAGAAAGUGUGUGAAAAGGGGGAAAUCAGUAGACACAUCCCUAUAAAAGAGGAAGUGCAGGCAGAGAUAUCUGAGUGUCUGUAAGAAUAGAAAAAAGAAAAGAAAAGAAAAGAAAGAAGAAGCACUGAGUUUACUGAAAAG